AACUAAAAGCUUUUAACCGGAUUCCUCUCCCAUUUUGAGAGCCCUUUCCAGAGGGAGGGGGGAGGAAAGGAAGUCGAUAUUUUAAAAAAAAAGCCCAGCCAUAAAAAGGCUUUUAAAAAUGGCUGCAGCGGCCGGCGACGAGACUUUCAGCUACUUGAUAGCGACGCACAGCGAGAAGCACCGGCGGGCCCCCAACUGGACCGACGGCGAAAUGAAAGCUUUGCUCUUCGUCUGGGAGGAGAACCACAACGACCUGAAGACCAGCAAGAGGAACGCCAAGGUUUACGAGAGGAUGUCUCAGCGCUUCUUCCAGCUGACCGGAGAACAGCGCUUCAAGGAGGAGAUCAAGAUGAAGAUCACCAACAUGUCCUUCCAGUUCAGACGACUUAAAUCCACCAUCGGAGAAAGCGGAGAAGCACCAGACUGGCCCUACUAUAAAGCCAUCGAGAAGAUCCUGAGCAAGCCCCUGGAGAACUGUCGAGGAGUGGAGCUCCAUGUUGGAGCAUCCUCUCAGGUGGCCGACAAUCUUUUGACCCAGCCGGAGGAGGCCGCGCUGGGAUACCUGCCAGAGUACACAGGCUCCUCGGACGACAUGGAGAUCAAGCAAGAGGUGGACUCGCUCAGCUCGGAUAGCGAACACACACAAGGCUCCAGCUCCCAUCCAGUUUCCGCCAAGAGAUGCAGCGCUAAAAGUCAGGUAACCAUGAAGCGGAAGAAGCUGCAGCUCAUGCGAGCCAUGCUGCAACAACAAAAACGCUCCAACCGAGCCAUCGAAGAGACCUGCAGGGAGGUCCGACGGGCUUUACACCAACAGAACCUGGUCCAGGUCCAGUGUAUGCAGCUACAGGAACGCAUGAUGAACCUUCUGGAAAAGAUGAUCCUGCCUUCCUCUUCUUCCAUCACCACGCAGCUAAGGGGCGCUAAAGAGCUCGGGAAGCUAUGAAGAGUCUUUUUAGCCACAUUCUGUGAAUACCGCCUUGACAUGGAGGAAACUCUCGUUUACGGACUUGACGUAAAAAUGCAUGGGAUUGUUUGCAUUGCCACCAAAUAAAACCAAGUAGUUUGACAUCAUGUUUUGUGA